AUGCCGGACCAACUGUACGAUGCGUCGCUCACACUCGUGGUCGUCUCCGCCAUGUUCAUCCCGGUGUGUACCAUCCUCACUUCGCUGCGGAUGUGGGUUCGAUGGCAGUAUGGGAACGUCGGCAUAGACGACUGGCUCCUCUUCGUUGGUCUGAUCAUCUGGAUCCCAUCGACGUGCGUGCUCUUUCCCGCAUGCUACAACGGGCUCGGCAUGCACGACGGUCGCUACACGAAGAGAGAAGGCAUUGACGCCAUGAUGUACUUCUACCUAUUCCAGGACCUGUACGUCUGGGCGAACAUCCCGAUCAAGCUCUCGCUCUGCGUCACACUCAUGCGGCUCGGCGAGACCAAGCGGUGGAUGACGUGGACGCUAUACGUGAUCAUGUUUCUCAUCGCCUUGACCUCGGCCCUCUCCAACAUAUUCAUCCUGAGCUCGUGCACGCCGGCCGCCGCGCUCUGGGACAAGACCCUGCCGCACUACACGUGUCGCGACUGGCGGCCGACGAUAGCGAUAGCGAUCAUCUACUCGGUUGUCAACAUCUUCACCGACUUCAUCGUUGCCUUGUUGCCUGUGUUCCUGCUAUGGAAGCUCCAGCUGGCCUGGAGGCAGAAGUUGGCCGUCAUGGGUGUGCUGUCGCUGGGCAUUCUUGCCAGUUGCGCGACGCUGAUCCGCAUCCACACGUUCAAAUUCGGAGAGGAGAAUGAUUAUCUAUACCGGAUGGCAGGGCUGGUCCUCUGGACCGUCAUCGAGAUGGCACUGGCUCAAGUGGCCGGUUCUCUCGUAGCCUUCCGGCCACUGGCCCGGCGGGUCUUCGGGAUGUUCUCCCAACCUACCCAGGAACCACGCACCUCGAUACACACCAUCGGCCAGUCCAGCAGGGGCCAGUCCAGCAGAGGCCAGUUCCGGCGAGCGACAAGCGAUGAUGUAAUUGGUUUGGGCGACCUUGACGGCAGGGAAACGCCUAGGCAGCAUCAUGCACGGUGUCCAUCACGGUCGUGGUUCAAGGACCGGAAUACACCAACGCCGUCGCAGACAUGGUUACAGGAUCCCGAGGCCACCAGCCAGAAGAGUUUCCUGACAGCGGAGGAGGAACACGUUUAA